UUCCAACUGCAUGGUGUUUUUCAGUUGUAAUUAGAUACUCUGCAAGAUAAAUCAACCGGCAUUCAUAGGCCAUUAAUGUUGAAUUAAGAGAUUGGAAUAAAGGAAGCCAAUUUUCAGGCCUAAUUAAGCGCGAAAUGAGCUUCAUAAAAUGGCUGUUUGCAAAAUUACUGUAUGUAAAGAAUAUGUAAUUUACUAGUUAUUUAUUCGUGUAUUGUCAUAUCAAACCGAGGAGGAGGUUUUAUUUUCAAACCUCCCUCCAAUCUGCGCCAUAACGUCCGGGGCCGCGUGAAAAACCCGGAAGCUGCGGUCUCCAUGGAAACCCUGAGGCACAAACUUUUCUUUAGUUUGAUGUCAGUUCUUCAAACAUGACUGGAAAUAGCGACUACAGCAAGUCCGAUUUGACACGCCUUCAGGCAGAACUUGAGCAAGAGAGGGAAAUGAAAGAAAUGCUUGAAGAGUCAGUAUCUGAUCUGCGGAGUACCAUGUGUGAACUGCAAGAUAGACUGCACAGUGUUGAUGGGGAAGGAAAUGAGUGGAAGACGAGGUAUGAGACACAGAUAGAGCUGAAUGGACAGUUGGAAAGACAGAUGUCACUCAUUCACGAGAGACUGGAGGACCUACGAGGAAACCCCAUGGAUCGAUUGGCCUCCAUUCGAUCUUAUGAUGACAUGACAGUAGAAACACUGAGACAGCGCCUGAAGCUCCUGACUGAGGAGAAGUCUGACCUCCAGAGUCAGCUGAUGGACUGUCAUCUCAGAAUUGAACAGGAAGGAAAGGCAUUUCAUAAAACCAAUGAUGAGAGGCGGGCAUACCUUUCAGAAAUUGCUAAGCUGUCCUCCGCCCUUGAAGCCCAAAGAAGACAGUACACCACCCAGCCACGGAGGGCACCAGAGAGCAAACACAGGAGAGAGAAGCAGACCAGCAGGAAGGCAGAGGCUGAUUCUAAGAAAGGAAAAGAGAGAGAAGAAGAUGGAGGAGGAGUAUGUGUGAAAGGAGGAGGUGGUGGUGGUGGAGCAACAGCAGAGAGGAGAGAGGAGAAGAAAUCCCAAAGGGGAAGGUUACCCACCUUAAAGUACUACCUGAAACACAACCCCUAACCCAAACCUGGUGUUAUAGCGAUUUUUUUAAAAGAGGUAAUGUUGCUCUCUUCUGUGCAUGCUAGAAUGAUUGCAGUAGAAAAUUGCCAUAUACUUAUAUUUUCAGUGCAAGAAUGUAUGUCCUUCAGCUUCCUGUGGCUUUGUUCACAUUUCUCAAAGGCUGAUUGUGAGGAAACAAUGCAGUUCCUGUGUAGGUUUUCUACCCAUGUGCCACUGUCAGUAUUGUAAUUCAGUGUUUAUUUUAGAGUCAAUGGCAAAUACAGUGUUACACUGAUGUCAUGGUAUAAAAUGUUGCAUUUAUAA